UGAUAACUAGGUCUGGCCAUUAUCUUACUAUCCAAAUAAUUCGAUUCGGGUUCUCAAUUUUGUGGGCCGAUUGGCUCCAAAAGUUUCAUUAUUAUUUUUGUUCUGUUGAAAAUAGAAAUCCAAAAAAAUACGGGUGGGUCCCAUAAUCAUAUCCAUUGUACCGUUGCACACUCAAAAGACAAAAGAUUCAGACCAAAGGCUCUGGCUUCACGCAGAUAAGGAAGCAGAGAUCGAAACGAAGACUCAAAGAAGAAUGGCGAUUUCUACUUUAACACUCACACAAUCUCUCUAUACACGUUCCUUCAGACCAACCAUCUUCUUUUCUUCUUCUUCUUCCUCGUCCUUUUCGUGUCUCUGUUCUUCUUCCUCCGAUUGCGAGCCGAAACUCUCCGUCAAGAAACGCGUUUUCGGAGUGGGUUUAGGGUUCCUAGCUUCUUCGAUUCUCUCUCUAACGCCUCUGGACGCAGACGCCACGAGGAUUGACUACUACGCCACUGUAGGAGAUCCUCUCUGCGAAUACAGCUACGCAAAAUCAGGACUUGGAUUUUGCGAUCUCGAUGUUGGAUUUGGUGAUGAAGCCCCUCGUGGCGUACUCGUCAAUAUCCAUUACACGGCGAGGUUUGCAGAUGGAACGUUGUUUGACAGUAGCUAUAAGCGUGCAAGACCACUUACUAUGCGAAUUGGAGUCGGCAAGGUAAUUAGGGGACUAGACCAGGGGAUUCUUGGAGGCGAAGGAGUACCUCCUAUGCGAGUAGGCGGAAAGCGUAAACUUCAGAUUCCACCUAAGUUAGCUUAUGGACCAGAGCCUGCAGGAUGCUUUUCUGGUGACUGCAACAUACCUGGCAAUGCAACUUUGCUCUAUGAUAUCAACUUUGUUGAGAUCUACCCAGGAAGUAAUACAAGAUGAAGCCAACUCCAAUCCCGUUUGGUAAAGGAACAAACAACUAUGUAUGUGAUGUAUAUCACCAGGUGAUUACUUUUGACAAGCUUCAGAUUAUAAUUUCUGUAACCUAAAACAUUGAUGAUUUCCAACUGAAUCCAAUGUCUAACCUCCUAUUAAAGAACAAGACACAUCUUCUCUGUGCAGAUCUGUCUUUUUGUUAAGUUAUGACCUUGGAAAAUCAUAUACUUGCAUAAAUGUAUAAGCGCGUGUUAGGUUAGAUUCAGUCUUGGUAAGUGAUGCAGCUUGUGUCACAAAGAUGUACAGAGUCUAGAAUAAAGUUGUGUGAUGUGGUUUUUCAUCGGUGUCAUAUCUCUGUAAUUGGUCCCCUCACAACAACUCAUGAAUCUUAAGGCCAAAAAAAGUGUAAAACUUUGGUUCUUGCCUACUUGAGCAUGUUGAAAAUACAUAAGACAAAUCUUCAUUUUUCGAUUUUCCAGGAAAAACACAGUGCAUGAG